ACUAACAUCACCAUCACUAACAUCACCAUCACUAACAUCACCACCAUCAUCACCAUCACUAACAUCACCAUCACUAACAUCACCAUCACAUCACCACCACUAACAUCACCAUCACUAACAUCACCAUCACUAACAUCACCACCACUAACAUCACCACCACUAACAUCACCACCACCACCAUCACCAUAAUCAACACUGCCAUCAACAUCACCACCAUCACUAACAUCAUCAUCACCAUCACCACCACUAUCAUCACCAUCACCACCAUCACUAAUAUCACCAUCACUAACAUCACCACCACUAACAUCACCACCACCAUCAUCAUCAGCACCAUCGCUAACGACUAUCACCACAACCACCACCACUACUACCGUCAUCACCACCACCAUCACCACCUUCACCACCACCACCACUAUCAUCACUGCCUCACUACUACCAUCAGCACCAUCACUACAUCACUACCAUCAACAGCAAUGCUCUCAUCAUCACGAUCAUCACUUGCACAGCCAUCAUCACCAAUGAGCAACAUCCACAUCAUUCGCCUAGCGACGUCUUAGAAGCAAGCAGAUCCACCGGUGAAGAGUGAAGAAGACGAGAUAAUUGCCCAGCCCCAUCCAUGGCGACUCAGAGGAGAGAAUGAAGUCAUGUGACCACUUUGGACGACGUUCAAAGGGCACCUGCGAUCUCACCUCCGAUAUUCGACCCCUAACCAGGUCCGUGCGGUUCUGCCUCCUUGUGCUGGUCGCGGGGCUUGUCUUCGUGGCCGUCGUCAUGGCGACGUGGACGGGGCCCCACCACCUACGAAGCCGACCCUCGCCUGAGCAGGCCCAGGAUGCGCCGCUGAUUGCUCCUCCUCCUGAUCCCAGGCCCAGGCUCGGUCACGUGACCUGUGGUCGUGGCUUGAGGCGCUCCUCUGACCCUGACCUCAGGCUCGACUCCAAACCUCGCCCCGACUGUGACACCGACCCGAAACUCAAGCGUGCCACUCAGCUCAGGCCUGAUUCUAGGCCCAAUCUAAGACCUAACCCUAGCCCUACUACCAUGCCCGGUUCUACCUCUACCUAUAGACUCAAGCCACGACUCCGGCUUAAACCUAGGCCUAACCCACCACGCGACCAGCCCGGCCUUGGCGUUAGCACUGGUCCUCGAACGAGUUCUAACGCUACCAUGGGCCCCGACGCAAUUAUCCCCAGCGUCAGCCCGAGCGUCAACAGAAGCAGGAGGCUAAAAUCCAGACACCUCAAUUUUAGGGUGAAUUUGUGUUACAACUUCAGCCCUUUUCUGAAAGACUCGGGCCUCAGAUCUAGGCACAGCCCUGGUACAACUUCCGAUAUGAGUCCUGACACUACCCCUACCCCUGGCACGAAUCGCAAUGACACUGCUGCCCCUCCCCGUGACACUACGCCUAACGCCAAGGCGACCCGUAAGCCGGCACCAAACUCGACCAAACCGGUGCCUGACUCCAACCCAAGUUCCAGCGGUCCGGGUAGGCUGAGGCUUCUCCGAUCUCCACGAGCCUUUUCCCUCACCCGAUUAGCUUCCUCAACCGCAACCACCACCACCACUACAAGCACUACCACCACCACCACUACCACCACACGUGGCAUGGAAGCUGACGUCCAGCGUGCCGUGGGUGACGAUAACAUCGUCCGCCCAAGUUCGUCGUCUGUCACUCGUCCCGUGACCUCGCUGCAUGGCAGGGGGUUCGAACCUUCCCGUGGAGGUCACUCCAGAUCUCGUGGAGGCCACGGUCACAGUGGGACCAAUCACAGAGGAGGAGGAGGGGGACUGAGCCGCAGAAGUUUAGCGCGGACGUCAUCGUCGUCGUCGUCGAAGACCAGGGGUUCCGACCGCUGCCACCUCAACUUGGUGGAGGUUCGAGUGAGUGACUUGCAACUCGGCUUCCAGUCGGACGAGGUCAUCUCCUUCCAGUUCUGCUCGGGCUCGUGUCUCCACGCGCGCUCCAACUACGACCUGGCCCUGUCGCGCGUCAUCCACCUGCACCUGCCCUUCGCUCCGAUCCGCAGACGACGUCGCAACCAGCAGCAGCAGCAGCAGGAGAAGCAGCAGGUGGAAAAGAAGGAACAGGCGUCAGUGGAGGAGGUGUCAGUGAGGAUGAGGAGGAGGGUUGCAGGCGAAGGGGUGAACAGCGAGCAGCCGUGCUGCAGACCGGCCGCCUUCGAAGACGUCACGUUUCAGAACUCAGAACACAAGUGGCAGACGGUCGCUGAUCUGAGCGCCAAGAGGUGCAAGUGCGUGCUGUAGAUUGAUGUUCGCCACGAGGAGUGAGGAGGAGGCUGACGAAAGGCGUGGAUGAGAAGAGAGACACGGGGGAGCAGGAUAUCCUUACGCACACACACACACAAACUGCUUGCCAACGAAUGCACCGCAAUAGCUUUGCUGGUAUUAGUCAAGGAGCUAUGAACCAUCAUCACACGAUCACGUUCGCUGUGGCUUUUUGAAGCCCUUCUGAUGCAGCUGUCUGGAACGCUCUGCCUGCCCGGCAUUAAGAAGCCACAUGGAUCUAUGUACGUUUAAAUCAUCAUCUAAACUGACAAUCUUAAUCUCCUUGGUUCUUUCGGUAA